AUGGCUCCCGCAGACGACGCCAACAACAACGUCGCCCUUCGGCCGAGGCGCAGGAAGUACCUCCUCUGGCAGCUGCCCUUUCGGAUUCCCCUAUCCGUCUAUGCGAUCGUGGUCCUGGCCUUUCUGAUCCGCUACAUCAGGCGCUGGAACGGCGAGUGUAGCCCUUGGCACCCGGACGAGUGCAGGCCCUACCAUGCCAGCGACAACGCUGCUUGCGGCAUCGUUGCCUGUAUCUCAACCCUCGGAGUGACCGCGUGGGUGGUCGUCGCCGGCACAAUGUUCAAGAACAAGCCUUCGCACGGCGCCGUUAUCUGCUUUGACAUACUGGCCUGGGCCCUGGCAUUCGCAGCCAUGUUCGUCCUAGCAUUCGCAUCAUUCAGCUUGGAAAGCCCGUCUAACGCGCCGCGCAAACCGUGGCUUGACGACGAGUACCUUGUCAUGAUAAUGAUGUGUGCGCUAUGGCCAGGCUUAAUUGCGCUCGAGGCAGCCAAGUAUGCGCCAGUGAACUUUUCUGGGUUCUCAUCCUUUCAGCAGCUCAUCGACCAUGACGACCCUGAUCUCGGCACAUUCAAUCAGCGGUACUGGUUCAACUUCACGUACUGGGGAGGGCCAGGGUAUCCCGUCGUCUUAUUCACUCCUGGCGAAACGGCUGCUGAUAAGUACGGCGGAUACCUUACGGACGCGGCACUGCCGGGGCUGCAGGCGAAGAAGAUCCAGGCAGCUGUCGUAAUGGUUGAGCAUCGGUACUGGGGCCUCUCAACGCCAUUCAAAGUUCAAGAUACGGAGGCGCUGCAGUACCUUACCUUGCGAAACUCGGUCCUUGAUUUCGUCCGCUUUGCCCGGAACGUUCAUCUACCAUUUGAUGACAACUCUACGAGCAACGCUCCUAAUGCGCCAUGGAUCAUGACUGGCGGCUCAUACUCCGGAGCACUGGCGGCAUGGACAGAGAAGCUCUCGCCGGGGACGUUCUGGGCCUACCACGCCAGCAGCGCGCCCGUCCAGGCUAUACAUGACUAUUGGCAGUACUUCAUGCCGAUCCAGGAGGGCAUGCCAAAGAACUGUAGUCAGGAUAUGGCGCACAUUAUCGAGCAUGUCGAUGAUGUUCUGACUGGUGACGACGAAGAUGCCGCGCAGAAGCUAAAGGAUAGCUUCGGCCUUGGGGAUCUGGAGCACGACGACUUUGCAGCAGCUCUUGCUUUUCCCAUGUGCGACGCCAUUGAAGAGGGUAGGCACUGCGGGAACGGAUCCACGGCACUUCAUCAUCGGGCAGUGGCCAAAGCAAGGGCCAAGAAGCUCACGGCUAGGUUCGCUGCGUGGUUUAAGAACAAGUACCUCCCAGGAUUCUGUGCCGAGCACUACAACUACACAGAUCUUUCCGCAACAAACUCAAGCCGCUGCUUUGACACUCAUAACUUGACAAGCCCUAUGUACACUGACCGAAGUGCCGACAAUCUGUUUUAUAGACCAUGGGUCUGGAUGACUUGCAACGAACCGUUCUUCUACUUCCAGACCGGUGCGCCCGCAGGACGGCCUACUAUCGCCUCGCGCCUGAUAACAGCCGAAUACUUCGAGCGACAGUGUGGCAUAUUCUUCCCGGAGGAGAAGGGCUUCACAUAUGGGGCAAACAGGGGCAAGACGGCUGAGAUGCUCAAUAUCGAGACAGAAGGGUGGCAUCGGACUGAUACCAAAAGGCUGGUCUGGGUGAAUGGUGAAUACGAUCCAUGGAGGUCUGCGUCCGUGUCGAGUAAAUUUCGGCCCGGCGGCCCGCUCGAGUCGACCUCAGACGCACCAGUGUUCAUGAUCAAGAACGCAUCUCACUGCCAGGACUUGAGAGCGUACAACCGCGUGAACCCGGGUGUCAGGGAGGCCCAGGAUGGCUCCAUUUCACAGAUCGCAGAAUGGGUCGAUGAGUUCUGGGCGAUCAAUGGCAAACCACGGCAGAGACGUAAUAUCAAGACCGCGAAGCAUUGGAAAUCGUAG